CGCGCAGUUUGUGAAGUGUAUGCAGAUAACGGCUUUCAGACCUCAGAUUCCGGACGUGAAAGUCUGUGCUUUUUUAGUAUAAAGUAGUCAAAGUGUGUGAAGCCUAGAUCGUGCUUAUAUGUAAUUGCCAAUUACUGUAGCGAUUAGAAGCGGUUUUCAACGCCGCACGCUUACGACAUUAUGGCCAAGAAGGCACGCGCACAAAAGCGUGCACAGCGGGAAAAGGAAAGUCCAACCAGCAAACGUGAUAGUAGCGAGAAUGCUGAGGCUAGCGUGUCCGAAUGCGACAAACACGUGGAUGAGACUAUGAAGGUUAAUAAUGUGCGCCGAAAAAUCACACACGUAACAAAGAAGAUUCCCGAGAUGCAGAACAAAUGCUACGAGCUUUGUCUGACAUGCUGCGAGCUACUUCAGGGUGAUAUUACAAGCGGUGACAGUCUUGAAGUGGAUGAUAUCGAUGCACUCUUAGCAGGAGAGGAUAGUAAAGAUGGAGGCGGUAAGGUGUGCACGGUAGAAGAACAUAUUGAUCAAAAACGCUCUCACCACGUGACAUACCGAAUAGACAAGCGCGAUGUGUGGUGCUACAAAUGUGGGCACAGUGUGGACCCACAGAACUCGACUGUGCGUUCACUGGAUCAAGUAGUUACUUUGAUACACCAGAACUUAACCUUCUUGGGGGAACUACGGCGCACUACCAGUCCACAGACCAUGCAGAGCACGCCUGUAAGUGUAGGCCCUGCUGCAACGUCACGGACUAUCUCAAAAACUCGACAAAAUGCUGACCAAGAAAUUGCAGGGGCAUCUGGGGGCGUCACCGGUUUGAUUAAUCUGGGCAACACAUGCUUCUUCAAUGCGGUCAUGCAGAACAUCUGCCGGGGGGCUGGUGUAACUCAGUACUUCUCAUACACCCGCGAGAACCGGGUCGACUGUGUGGAUGGGUUCUGGCUCACUAGCGGUAUCGAAUCGAAGGACAAUAAUACAAGUGUGAACGAUGAUUCGAAAAUGGGCACAGAUUCGAACUCACGCCCACAGAGGAAAGGCAAGUCUAAAGCCAAUAGCGUGGGCGGUUUGGUUAGGAACUAUGUUGAACUUGAUGAGUAUCCGUGGCCAAUAAUAGACACGUUCCGAACUUUGCUAUCGGACAUGAACGGCUCUUCGACCAAAGGCACCGCCAACCCGAAACGACUAUUUUUGGAGCUGGUUAAUAUCGCGCCAAACUUUGAGGGCUAUCAUCAACAGGACAGUCAUGAAGCACUCAGGUAUCUAAUGGAUGGAUGGCGAACGGCUGAGAAUGAGCGUAGGAUGCAAAGCGUGCCGGAGAAGCUUAAGAGUAAAGGCAUGCGGGCCGAAGAACUGGGCUCAUUUGUAGAUACCCUGUACGGAGGGAGAACGUGCAAUACAGUACUCUGUCACACGUGUCAGAAAUCGUCUGUGAUGUCCGAGAACUUUUUCGAUCUUUCGUUACCGAUGCCCAAGCUCGAUUACAGUGAUAGCUAUGCAUCUGCUAUAAAAACUACCGGUAGCGCACCCCGCUUGAGUAAACAUCAGAAGAAGAUGGCGGCACGCAACGAGAGGAAGCAGAACGCAAAAGGCAAGCGAGCUAAUCGGAAGAAGACCGCCGCACAGACACAUACAUCUACAACUGAGAACGCGCCUGAGGCUGAUCACACUGUUGCCACGGGAAAUGUGGAGGAGAAUGAUCGUGUAUCUGAGACAAAUAAUGCAGCCGAAUCUGAGCGGCCAAGGGAGGCUAAUCGACCAAUCGAUUCUGUGCAGGUACCAGAGGUCGCCCAAAUAUCUGACACCCCUAGUACUUCUGGGACUGCUUCGAUGUCUACCACCUUGAUGUCUGCAGCACCAACAGAAUCUGCUAACUCGGCUGAUGAUGAUUUGGUAGGCUUCUCAAGCGAUAUUGCCGUCGAAAACAUAUAUGAAGGAAGUGAAGAUUGUAGACGUGCCGAUCCCGUAGAUGACGCUUACACUGGCCAGGAGUCUAAGGCUGAUAUGAGCGUCAUCGAGACGAGUGUGAUAGCUGAUAGUUUGGAUGCAAUCGAAGCAGCCGGAAAUAUUAAGGGGAAGGAAAGUUCAAAGGAUAUAGCUGAAGUGACCUUUACCAAUAGUCGAGGAUUAUACAGCACCACAGUCGCUGAUUGUAGAAGUGACAAAGCGGAUUGUGAACACGAAGUUGUCACCGUUCGUGCGAACAUGGAAGCCAAUGCCAUUGUGAAUAACAUUUGUCGUGCAGAAUGCAAUGAUGACGAUAGGGGGUCAAUUGAAUUCGCGAUAAAGGCGAUAAGUAGCGCUGAUAAAUCUGAGAAUGAUCAUGGUGACACAUUUGAAGACACUUCCAUGAAUAAAAAACAACUGACGGUAAUUGAGUCUUUAGAGGUAGAUGAAGGCGUAGAGAUGGAGCAGUCAGGACGUGAUGCCAAUUCUGCGACUGGAAAAAUCAUCUCAAGCACAACAAGUGGGAGCCCUGAUACGGGUGGAUCUAUUACAGGGGCUGAAACGUGUCUAGUGGAUGAGGAUGGGUGCGAUAGGAAGCGGAAAUAUGAACAGCAAUCUCGGACGAUGCACACGCACAAUACUGCCACCGAUAGUACCCCUACGGAGAGUCAGACGCAAGCAGUGGAAACGAGCGUCGCUCAAAGUGUUGCCUCGGCGAACAAUACGAUGAACGAAGAUGCUCCAGUAUGUAUAAGUGGAGUUGAUUAUGUUGUGAAUCUCCCAAGUGAUACUGUCAAAGAACACGUGUCGACAAGUACAAUCACUGAGCAGACACUCCGGGACGAAAGUGGAGAAGAUGUCGUAUCAACUGUCCCUGUUGACAGUGUAUUGGAAAGUAUGCCAUCGGACAGCACGUACUCUGGCGAGCACCUGACACAACCAGACCCCGAAGCUGCCAGUGCUCCAGCGAAGAACGAGAAUGCUGCUAUACGGCCGGACGAGGCAAACCAUGCCGUAACGAUUAAGGAGUCACUGGACUGCGAAGAUAGCUCGCCUAUAACAAGUGAUCAGGAUAUUAGUGCGGAAACAACGCCUAGCAAGGCUAGUUCAAGUAGGCGGCAGAGCUUACCUCGUACAGCCAGACUAAAUCCAAACGCUAGGAUAUCCCCCAGUGCGAAAUCUUCGGGCUUGGGAGGCCUGUCUCUUGAUGCCUGCCUGAACGCUCUUUGCUCGCCGGAGGAGCUGGUCGAAGACAACCGGUACCAAUGCAAAACAUGCAAGAGUCUCAGGGAAGCAACAAAAUGGCUGCUGGUGGACAAAAUAUCUCGCAUACUAACAGUUCAUCUGAAACGCUUCGAGGCCAGGGGCAAGCGUAUGAGCAAAAUUACAGACCAUGUGGAUUUCCCUCUGGUAUUAGAUCUCACUCAGUAUUGUAGCCAAACUUGUCGAGACCCGGACGGCAAAGUAAUUUCACAGGAUUCCGCCGUACAGUACAAGCUGACAGGCAUCGUGGUUCAUGAUGGGGGUAACUUAAGAGGUGGCCACUACACAGCGUGUCUCCGCAAUAAAACAUCGACAGGUUGGACGUAUGUUAGCGAUACGCACCAUCGGGCUAUAGAUGAAAGUAAAGUGCUGGCAUCUCAAGCAUCGAUCCUAUUCUACGAGCUAAUGUCAUGAAAGAGUGGGAUAAUUAAAAGACAUCAAUGAG